UAGCGUAGAUAGCGAAAGACUGGAGAUUGUAGGACUUGGUUGCUAGUGAGGUAUUUCGAAAGACGCGAAAUGUUGUUGUUUUUAUACUUGGAUGUCUGCUCUUGUCUUCGUCGAGUGUGCCAUCGCGGUGUACGAGUGAUGCAACAUAACAGCUACUGGUUACGGAAUGCGUUUCCGGACUUGCUGUAUCGGUGUAUAUUGUUCCGUGCCAAAGGUUUAUUACAAGUGAUAGUAGGGUCGACGCCGGACAGCGCGAAUAUAUCUCGGAGUCUAGCUAUAGCUUCAUGGAGAAGGCCAGAGUACUUAAUCUUGUGGGAUCUUCGCAUCUUGCCCGGUGAAGAUAAAGUGGUGGCUUAUGAAGUCGAAUCGGAGCAGAAUGUAGAAAUGUGGUGCAACAUGAGUACCACUGGAACGGUGUUGAUGAGAACACAGACAGGGUCAAAGGAUAUACUGUCGGGUACUCCUAUCGUAGAUCCCCUCACCCAUGCUCGAACGUGGGAAGAAAUUCACCGUCAUCCUAGUAUGUGCAUUGAACUUCUUCAAUUUUGGCUCGAACCUACCCAGCAUCAGCAGCUGUCCGAGAGCUUGAUGUUGAACAACACUAUCGCAGAUCAUCACGGUUGUCUUUGAGUUCGCAACGGAUAUCAAGUGUUGCUUUGGACUAGGGUAAGUCUGGGAUUGAUGCUCUGGUUCAUGCGCCGGGCGCCUCGCAAUUACCAGAAUCUGAUCCUGCUCUCGUUACAUUGACGCCUACCUGUGAUGAUACUAGUAUAUGAUUUUUCAUAUAGGAAGCCCAC